UAUUUAUCUCUGAUCAACAGAAGGUAUGUAUUUAACUCUAUCUUUCUGUUGCAAAUUAUUCUAUUCUCUAAAUGUUGAAAAAAAUUCUAUUUUGUAUCAGGGACUUGUGGCUGUAUUUGAAGAAUUGUCUGAUACUAUUGAGCAUAGAUUAUGUCUUAGGCACUUGUAUGCUAAUUUCAAGAAAAGGUUUGGUGGAGGAGCCCUUAUUAGAGAUUUAAUGAUGGGAGCUGCUAAAGCCACAUACUAUCAGGCAUGGGUCCAAAAGAUGAAUGAAUUGAAGAAUGCAGAUCCCAAUGCUUGGACUUGGUUGAUGGUUGUUCCUACCAAAAGCUGGUGUAAGCAUGCCUUUUCUUUUUACCCUAAAUGUGAUACAUUGAUGAAUAAUAUCUCAGAGUCUUUUAAUGCUACCAUUCUAGCUGCUAGGGACAAACCUAUACUCACAAUGUGUGAGUGGAUAAGAAAAUAUCUGAUGAAUAGGUUAUCCACCUCUGCAAGUAAACUAGAAAAUUGGCCACAUAAGGUGAUGCCAAUACCUAGGAGAAGGUUAGAUAAUGAGGUGUUCAAUAGUGGUCAUUGGUUGCCAACAUGGUCAAUUGCUGAGACUUUUCAGGUUACACAUAGUUACAACACACAUGAAUUUAUUGUUGACAUUGCUAAAAGGUCAUGUAGUUGUAAUUUUUGGGAAUUAGUAGGAAUUCCAUGUAGGCAUGCUGUAGCUGCUCUGAGUUAUAGAAAGCAAAACCCUGAUGAAUUUGUUGAUGCUUGUUACACAAGAGAAAAGUUUGCACUAUGUUAUGGAUUUUCAGUAAGUCCAAUCAAUGGUCAAGAUAUGUGGCCAGAAGUUGAGAUGGAACCACCUCUACCACCUGCAUAUAAAAAUGGUCCUGGUAGACCUAAGAAGAUUAGGAUAAGAGAAAGUGGAAAGGAUGGUGCAAGGAAGAGAAGAUCUGGUGUUGCAUAUAAGUGCACCAAAUGUGAUAAUUUUGGUCACAAUGCUAUGACUUGUAAGGCUACCACUCAGGAUCCCAAUGCACUUAAAAGAAAGAGAAAACCUAAAAAAGGACAUGUGUCAACUGCAACUGAUAUGCCAACUGCAAAUGAUAUGCCAACUGCAUCUGAUAUGCCUGCCCCAACUGCAACUGAUAUGACUGUUCCAACAAAUGUGCCUGUUCCAACUGAUCCACAGCCUCCAACUGAUAUGCUUGUUCCAACUAUUAUGAGUCAAACAGGAUCUAGUGUGGCUGCCUCAAUCACAAAACAAUCCAGAAAAAGGGUUGAAAAAAAACCUAUCAUCAAAAGAAGGCAAAAACCUAAAGAAAAAGCCAAAGUAUUUAAUUACAUUCACCUUGAAUUCUGCACUGAAAAAUUUUCUGAUGAUUUUGCAAUUUUGCUCUUUCAUUAUGAUAUAACUUUUUCUGUCAUUAUUGGUAGAUUGAAUGCUGAAAGUUUAAUCAAAUAA